UCCUCGAAACCAAAUUCGAAUCGAACAAAUAAAAACAUCCGCGGCGAACGGGCGAAGUGGCGAACUGAAUCGCGCGAUGGCGACGGUGUCGAUGGACAUCCCGAAGCCCUCGGCGCUGACGGCGGCUGGACACGAGGCUGCCACGGCGAAGACGAGGGGCGGCGGCGAGGGGCUGGGGAAGUACUACAAUCAGCACAUCCAGGACCUACUCCUCGCAGUCCAGCAGAGGAUCAGUGACCUAAGCCGCCUAGAGGCCCAGAGGAACGAUCUCAACUCCCAAGUUAAAAUGUGCAGGGAAGAGUUGCAUCUGCUUCAGGAACCAGGUUCACAUGUUGGUGAGGUUGUGAAGGUGAUGAGCAAGUCAAAGGUUCUAGUGAAGGUGCAUCCAGAAGGCAAAUAUAUUGUUGAUGUUGAUAAAAGUAUAGAUAUUGCAAAGCUCACACCUUCCACACGAGUUGCUCUUCGAAGCGGGAGCUAUAUGCUUCAUGUUAUUCUGCCCAGCAAAGUCGAUCCAUUAGUUAACCUUAUGAAGGUUGAGAAAGUUCCUAAUUCUACAUAUGAUAUGAUUGGUGGUCUUGAUCAGCAAAUUAAAGAGAUCAAAGAGGUAAUCGAGCUUCCAAUAAAGCAUCCUGAGUUGUUUGAGAGUCUUGGGAUUGCCCAACCAAAGGGUGUCAUUCUCUAUGGCCCUCCAGGUACUGGAAAAACAUUACUUGCUCGUGCAGUUGCUCAUCACACAGACUGUACCUUCAUUAGGGUGUCUGGUUCUGAGCUGGUUCAGAAGUACAUUGGAGAGGGUUCCCGGAUGGUUCGUGAACUUUUUGUGAUGGCUAGGGAACAUGCACCAUCCAUUAUAUUUAUGGAUGAAAUAGACUCCAUUGGAUCGGCUAGGAUGGAGUCAAGUGGCAGUGGUGAUAGUGAGGUUCAGCGCACCAUGCUUGAGCUUCUAAACCAACUUGAUGGUUUUGAAGCAACGAACAAGAUUAAGGUUCUCAUGGCAACAAACAGGAUAGACAUUUUGGAUCAAGCCCUCCUGAGGCCUGGACGUAUUGACAGGAAAAUUGAAUUUCCAAAUCCAAGUGAAACUUCCCGCUUUGAUAUUUUGAAGAUUCAUUCAAGAAGAAUGAACUUGAUGCGCGGCAUUGAUCUGAAGAAGAUAGCUACGAAGAUGAAUGGAGCCUCUGGGGCAGAGCUGAAGGCUAUUUGCACAGAAGCAGGAAUGUUUGCCCUUCGGGAAAGAAGGGUGCACGUCACCCAGGAGGAUUUCGAGAUGGCAGUGGCAAAGGUGAUGAAGAAGGAUACAGAGAAGAACAUGUCUCUGCGGAAGCUCUGGAAGUGAGGGGCUCGUGUCUCUGCGCCAGGCUUACACUGCCAUGUCCAAACAGCUGAAGCCCCGGCUGCGCGUUGCCGGAUUUUCUGUUAGACUCUGGAAAAACAUUUCUGGAGCUCGGAAGCUGAAACUUAACAAUGUCGUUGUGUAGCAGCUUUAUUAGAAGUUAAAUUAUUGAUUUAUUGAAUCAUUAUUAAAGAGGCUUGAGAUGGAGAUCAGCCAUGCUAAUGUGCUUCGCCGUGCUGUCACUUUUUAUAGUCCAAACUAAAUGGUAUGGAAAGUAAAAUGAUCAAAUAGA